AUGAGUUUAGAUAUCGUUCGGUUUCUUGAAUUGCCCCUGCGACUCAGGAGACAAGUCUAUUGGCAUUUAGAUGGACAGUUCUCCCGGCUUAAACCUCCCUCUAAUUAUGAGCUUUUCAGCAAUGAUUUUGACCAAUUUAAGAGCGACGAGCUGAUGGAUUCGAAAACCCAAGAAUUAUGGACAAAGGCCCAAAAAUAUGUGAUCAAUUUCGGUUAUAUCGAUGGAUUCCAACGGGUUUGGUCAUUAUAUGCUUCGAUUCUACGUUACGAUCCGAUUUUGAUGGAUUUUUUACGAGUCAAUUCCGAUUUACAAGAUGAAUCUGGUGGUUUAGAAUGGAUUGAUGUUGAUGGUGAGUUGUGUGUUGCGUUGUUUAGUCGGGGUGGGGUGUUACAAGCAUGGUAUACUGUCGAGGAAUAUCGUAUGUGGAUUCAGGAUGACAUUGAUACUUGUAUGACGAUAAAUGUCGAACGACUUGCGCAGAGUGGUGUUCCGGAGGUGUUGACUAAGUUAUCGACUUCUGGGUUCAUAGAGACGGUUACCAGGGUUGUAUUUGGUGAUGAUGAAGAUUUAGAACAGAAUGCGGAUGUUUCUCGGGAAGCUGAAGGUUCGGCAGUUGCAAAUGUCAUUUCCAAACUGGAUGAUUUCAAGAGUCUACAAGAUUUGGAGAUAAUAGGUGAUCCACUGUUUGAGCGGGUCUUGAAUUUCCAUGGUUCUCGUGAUUAUCCUGGACAAGUUGUAGGCUAUGUAGUGAAAAGGCGGGUUAAAAGGAUACGGGUUCGUGAAAUGGUGGAACUGGGACACACACGAAAUUUUGCAGAUUUAUCGCGAUGGGAGAAAUUGGUUCAACUUGAGAUUGAUACUGUUGACACCGUGGAUUUGAAUUAUUUGAUAUUACCAAGUGCGUGUCGUUUUUUUAUUUUACGCCAUAUCCACAGGUUGAUAUGGUGGUUUCAGGACGGGGUGUCGUUCCUUGGUGAGGAGUCAUGGGAGGAGGGCACGGGAACGGUCAAGAACGUAAGAAUUAAACGGAUGCGAAAUGCUGAUGCUGCUACAGUCAAAUACCGGGCAUUGAUUUGGGACACGUUUUCAGGAUUAAAUUAUUUAAAAUUGGUCAAUGUAAACCAAAUCGUUGGUCAAAUACGAGUCCCUCAUGCGCUAUACGACAACGGACGAAUCCAGAUUAUCAAUUCAACGCAUUUGACCACGCCCCUGACUGUUGAAAUUAUAUGA